GCGGCGCAGCAUUUUUGCAAUGAUCGCAGCUAUUUAUCAGAUUUUACAACUGAAAAGCCAAAGAAGGUCUUAAUAGCCAAUGGCGAAGCAUUACCGACAGCUGGGAAAGGAACUGCGCAAGCUGUGUUAAAGGACAAUAGUUUGAGAUUGAUAAGUAAUGUGUACUUAGUCCCUAAAUUGUCUGUUAAUUUGUUAUCUGUUAGUGCGAUGGAUAAGAAAGGUUACGAAAUUGUGUUUCGUUCUGGCGGGUGUACAGUCUAUGACAAAGGGGAGGUUUUGGCUACUGCUACCCUGAGAGAUGGUAUUUAUGAACUCGAUGCCAUUGAAACUGUUUCUGUCUCAUGUAGUGAGCCGUCCUCGGAGGCCAUGUGUUCGUCUUUGUCUGUAGGUACAGGUGACAGCAAAGCGGUGCCGGCACGUCAACUGAAGGAUGACAGUCGUCCUGUUGCCGUGAGCGUGAAGCAAGCGCCGCAGUCCCCUGCUACUGGAAACCAGUCAAUGCAACAAAUUUGGCACCAUCGUCUAGCUCAUCUGAACACCCGAAGCAUGGAGUUACUGCGAAAAGAAGUUCCUGAAGAAGCAUGGAAUUCGACAUCAGACCACGGUUCCAAGGUCGUCAGCUCAGAACGGUGUCGCGGAACGCGCGAUCAGAAGCGUUACGGAGAAAGCCAGGUGCAUGCUUCAGGAAGCAGGCUUGAAAAAGGAAUUCUGGGCAGAGGCGGUCAACACCGCCGUCUACUUGAAGAAUCGCUCUCCAACUAAGGCUGUGAUGGGCAGUACACCACAAGAAAAAUGGACAGGUAAAAAGGAGAAUCUGAGUUACCUGCGCAUUUUUGGUUGUCAAGCGUAUGCCCUUCAGCACAAACGGGACAAACUGGAUCCCAAAAGUAAGAAAUAUAUUUUUGUCGGAUACUGUGACGAGUCAAAGGGUUACAGAUUGAUAGAUCCGGCGAGCCCGAAGAAUGUCAUAAAGGCAAGAAAUGUCACUUUUCUUGAACAUGCUUUUUGGAAUGACACUUCAUCGGAUGAGGAUGACAGUUCACGUUACACUCAGAUUGGUUUGUUUCCGAACAAUGUAACUGUCACUGAUGACGUUCAAGUGCGACCCGCCUUACCCGAUUUACCCCAAGAGCCCGCAGAAAUAUCGAAUGAAAACUGUCAAGAUAACAGUGUCAAUACGAUAGAUGAUUCUGAGAGCAGUAGUGAGACCCCAGAUGACCCUGCGGA